GAACAGGACAGGGAUGACAAUGAUGAUGUUCUUGUAGAUUGUUCUCAAAUAGUUUGAAAUUACAGUUUGUUUAUCAAGCGUUGGAUUUAGUGAAAGAAUGAAAUAAAUAAGCGUAGAAGCAGAUAUCAAGGCUCUGAAUUCGGCGGCAAGGAAGCAAACCAUGCAGUGCACUCAACCCGCAAUCCUAGUCUUUGCAUGUGGAACUGUCUCUAUAGAAAAUUCCAAAGAAGAUAUUGUAAACUACUACCUGGAUCCCCAUUUGACUCUGCAUCUCAUGUGAUCCGAAUCUUCCAUGGAAAGUAUCUCAGAUUCCUCGUUGAACCUGUCUACUUGGUUCGGUAACAUUUACGUCUUUCUUUCUUUUUUUUCUUUUUUUUUUAAUGGGAAAGGAAAAGGUCAAGGAUAUGAAAGUAGGCGGGUGCUGGGAUCUUGUAGUCAAGAAGUUUUUGAAAGUAGCAGAUCCCGUUAUCAGCAUGGUCUGAGACAAAACAACCCAAAAGGCAAAAACGAGAAAAAUCAAUGAUUGACUUGUUCACUUGUUUGACGAAAAGACAGAGAAAAAUGGUCCAUAAAGAUUAGUAGUACAGUGUGGAUAGAGAUCCUAAAUUCAAAGGCUGAUGAGAGAGCAUAGAAAUGGGAAAGUUAAAGUAAGAUGAGAAACAUAUAAAAUUGGCGGUUGUUGUCUUUGUACGCGUUGACCUGCAGAGAUGUAUAAAUUAGAAUUCAAACAUGGCAACUAGCCAGCUAUUUCAGUUUUACAUGCAACAUCUCCCCAAGUCUUGUAAACCUUUACAUCUUUAAUACAAGGAUGAGUAUGCAGCUUGCUUGAGUCUCUCUCUCUCUGUCUCUCUCUCAACCCCAGUAGCAGAAAAAACCCGGCCAGUUGCAUAUAAGCUGCUACUUUCAUCUUGAGCUAACUCCAGCAAGUUGAAAGCUUGAUUAAUUCAAUGGGACAGAACCAAGUAGAUGCAUCACAAAUCCGAGAGAUGGAUUCAGGGGAAAAGCGACUUAAUGAGCUUGGUUACAAGCAAGAACUCAGAAGAGAGAUGACUUUGUUCAAAACUCUUGCAAUAUCAUUUUCGACGAUGACACUCUUCACCGGAAUCACUCCUUUGUAUGGUUCUAGCCUUGUAUAUGCAGGUCCUGCAAGCCUUGUGUGGGGUUGGGUGGUAGUAUCAUUUUUCACCUGGUUUGUUGGACUUGCCAUGGCAGAGAUCUGCUCUUCUUUCCCGACCACAGGUUCUCUUUACUUUUGGGCUGCUCACUUAGCUGGCCCCAAAUGGGGUCCCCUUGCAUCAUGGUGUUGUGCUUGGCUUGAGACCAUAGGGCUCAUUGCUGGCAUAGGUACUCAGGCAUAUGCAGGAUCUCAAACACUGCAAAGUAUCAUUUUACUAUGCACUGGGACAAAUAAAGGUGGAGGGUAUUUUGCACCAAAGUGGUUGUUCUUAUGCAUGUACAUCGGCCUCACUCUUAUAUGGGCGUUUCUCAACACAUUUGCGUUAGAAGUGAUUGCCUUUAUUGAUAUAAUAUCCAUAUGGUGGCAGGUCGUUGGAGGGACGGUUAUUGUUAUAAUGCUUCCCCUUGUAGCACUUACUACACAGUCUGCAUCAUACGUGUUCACAAACUUCGAUGUGGCCCCUGAGGUGACGGGAAUAUCAAGCAAGCCUUAUGCAGUGAUUCUAUCCUUUCUUGUUAGUCAGUAUUCAUUAUAUGGAUAUGAUGCUGCAGCACAUCUAACAGAAGAAACCAGAGGAGCAGACAAGAAUGGUCCUAUUGCUAUUCUAACAAGCAUCGGUAUCAUUUCAGUAUUUGGAUGGGCAUACAUCUUGGCCCUGACUUUCAGCAUUCAGGAUUUUAGCUACCUAUAUGAUCCCACCAAUGAGACUAGAGGAGCAUUUGUGCCUGCUCAAAUUCUCUAUGAUGCAUUUCAUGGGAGGUAUCAUAGUUCCACUGGAGCAAUCAUUUUACUAUUUAUCAUUUGGGGUUCAUUCUUCUUUGGUGGACUUUCAAUUACCACCAGUGCUGCCAGAGUAGUGUAUGCUCUAUCAAGAGACCAAGGGAUUCCAUUCUCGUCUGUAUGGCGAAAAAUUCACCCGAAACACAAAGUUCCUUCCAACGCAGUGUGGCUCUGUGCAGCCAUCUGCAUUCUCCUGGGACUUCCAAUCUUGAAAGUCAAUGUAGUAUUCACGGCCAUAACUUCCAUAUGUACAAUCGGAUGGGUAGGAGGUUAUGCAGUUCCGAUCUUUGCAAGAAUGGUAAUGCCUGAGAAGAAGUUCAACCCCGGGCCAUUUUAUUUGGGCAAUUUAAGCAGACCGAUUUGCUUGGUCGCCUUCCUUUGGAUUUGUUACACUUGUUCUGUCUUCCUCCUCCCUACUUACUACCCAAUUAGCUGGAGUACAUUCAAUUAUGCACCUGUUGCUUUGAGUGUGGGUUUAGGUCUGAUAAUGCUUUGGUGGGUGUUGGAUGCAAGGAAGUGGUUCAAAGGACCUGUUAGAAACAUUGAAACUGAACAUAAUGGAAAGGUUUAAACAUUCACAUCAAAGUUUCUUGUACAAGUUGGUUCUGGCUUUUCAUCUUUAAGUUCCUAGCUUUGUCAUCUCUUGGAUAAAUUAUAAAUCAGUUUAAGCCCUUGGGAUUAGCCCAAGUGGUGAGGAGGGGGUUGGGAAUUGGGUUAGGAAUUAGGAUUACGCUAGAUUAGGAGUUUGUUUUCCCUCCAAUGUAAUAAAAAAAAAUGUAUAUUUAUAUAUCAGUUGAUUGAUAACUUCUGCUUGA